AACAAAGUUUAAGUGUUCUUGCUAUCAUAAAAAUUAGCAAUAUUAUUAUUAAAAAAAAAAAUUAUUAAACAAAACAACGAUUCAAAAUGGCUGGUGGAUCUUUUUUGCCAAAAGAUGAGAAAACCCUCUUCGAUUGGGUUAGAGAAUUUCGUAUGAAAAAAAUCCAAAUGAAAAGAAAUGUUCGUCGUGGAGUGGCAGGGCUCCGUGUCUGUGCAAUACUAUCAACGGCUCUCAGGAGCGCUGAAAAGGAACUUCGUAAAAAACAACAAGAACGCUAUAUGCGUUGGUCCGAGCUGCAAAUUAAAUUAAUUGAAAGCCAAAACAAACGUAAUCAAUCUCCUAAUUACUCGUCUGAAAAUCGAAAUAUUAAUUGUGAUAGUGAAUUAAUUAAUAAUAAGCGAGAAAAGGAAGAAGCACGAAGAAAGGAAGUCGCCGAAUUGUGGAAAACCGAAAUAAGCAGCUUGGAUGAAUUCAUGCGCAACAUGAGUAGCCAUAAAUGUGUUGCCAGCAGUUGAACAAAGAAAAAACAAA